CCGGCUCUCUCUCUCUGCUGCCGCUGCCGCCCCCACCGCACCGCACGGCAUCCCCACCGCAUACAAAUACACGACCCACCCCGACUGGACCGUCUCUUUCUCGCGUCGCCGCUUCCGCUUCCUCGUCGUCGUCUCGCAGUCGCACCGCCGCCGCUCCUUCCUCUUCCUCCUCGGUGCCGGGAUUGGUGCGCUUGGGCGGGGGAGAAGAUGGGGGUCUACCUCAGCACGCCGAAGACCGACAAGCUCUCAGCCGAUGGUGAGAACCACCGCCUCCGGUUCGGCCUCUCCUCCAUGCAGGGGUGGCGGGCCGCCAUGGAGGAUGCGCAUGCUGCUUUGCCAGACCUCGAUGACUGCACAUCAUUUUUUGGCGUUUACGAUGGCCAUGGAGGAAAAGCCGUCUCUAAAUUCUGUGCGAGGCACCUACACAAGCAAGUUCUCAUAAAUGAAGCAUCAUCAUCCGAUGAUUUAUCUACUUCUGUCCACAAAGCUUUCUUAAGAAUGGAUGAGAUGAUGAAAGGACAGAGGGGAUGGAGAGAACUGACUGAGCUGGGAAACAAGUUCACGGGUAUGCUGGAGGGCAUAAUAUGGUCCAACAAGGGUGGAGAUUCAAAUAACCUAGGGGAUAGCUGGGAUCCUGAGGAGGGACCAAAUUCGAACUAUCCUGGGCCAACAUCUGGAAGCACAGCUUGUGUGGCUGUCAUAAGAAAUGAUCAAAUCAUUGUUGCAAAUGCCGGGGAUUCCCGGUGUGUUAUCUCACAGAAGGGUCAGGCUUACAAUUUGUCAACAGAUCACAAACCAGAUCUUGAGGGAGAAAAGGAGAGGAUUUUGAGUGCUGGUGGAUUUGUUGUUGCUGGGCGGGUCAAUGGAAGCUUGAACUUGUCGAGAGCAAUGGGUGACAUGGAACUGAAGCAAAAUGAGUUUUUGCCAGCCGAGAGACAGAUUGUGACAGCUGAACCUGAGUUGAAAACAGUUAAACUUUCUGAGGAUGAUGAAUUCCUUGUUUUAGCAUGUGAUGGCAUAUGGGAUUGCAUGUCAAGUCAAGAAGUGGUUGAUUUUGUACAUAAACACAUAAACAAUGAGGACAGGCUAUCCACAGUGUGUGAGAAGUUGCUUGACCGUUGCUUGGCACCUACAUCUGGUGGCGAAGGAUGCGAUAAUAUGACCGCGAUCAUUGUUCAGUUUAAGAAGGCAGCUUCGUCAGUUGCUACUUCUAGCGCCGUGCAAUCUGCAGCCACUUCAGAAGAGAUGCGGCCAAAGUAGGCUUCCCUUCGGCUGACGCAACUACAUAUACUCCAGUCACCAAAAUCUUAGGCCCAAGUUCCUCUUUCAGAAUUUGAGCUCUUCCCUUUGUGAACAGCGAGCUUGAUGGCUCCCCCAGACGACCCAUUGAAGUAGGCUCACCGUGCCGUGGAGCUCUAACCGGUGGUGGGCGAUCGACAAGGAUUAGCAAGUGGUGUAUAUAUAAGAAAGGCAUUCUAUAUUUCUAUUCGACAAUCUCUUAUAGGGUUUAUUCUUUUCUUCC